CCAAAGAUUUUGUUGUGCUCCAAGAGAAUACCUAUGGACACGCGGAAACAGAAAAAAAGAUCAAACUUUUUCAUUUUCUUGACGACAGCCUUUAUUAAAUAAAAAAUCUCUGUAAUCGAGAUCCCGAUUCCUGUGCUCAUGUGAAAUUCGUGAGGAAGAUAGCAGAUAGCUACAGCUAUUCUGCAUCUGCUGCUGUCCUGGCAUGUCCCUUUAUUCAUAUUGUCAGAGCUUCAUUCUAUUUUUCUCUGCAAUUUCCUUACCAUGUUCCUCUUUCCAUUUUGUCCUAGGUUUACUCACAAUCUAAUCCGAAAACAAUUGAUUUAGAUCUUAUGGUCGUCUUCUUCUUUCCUGGGUUCAUCCCACAUUUGGCUGUUUUGGAUUCAGGUGUUCUUCUACAGUUUCUAAGAUCAAGAAGCAAUUGAAAUUACUCUUGUGAAUUUGGCUGUUUUGGAUUAGCACAUAAGUACCUAGUAAAUUUCUAGGAACUGAAAUCCAAUUGAUUCUAUUAGUACCAACUCUGUUUCUUAGGAUACAUUUGGAGUCAAUUUUGGCAAUGGCGACUGAUGCUAAUGGCGAAUGUAGAGUGAACAUCACUGGUGAUGAGCGAAGUGGCAGAGAUGUGUCUCAACAUAGAGGAUUGCUCAGAAAAGUAAGAAUAAUACCUGUAAAAGCAAAAGUAGUUAUAGCGGCUUGCUGCAGAAAGAUAUGGGAAGUUGGAGUAGAGGAUCCAAGAAGGAUUAUGCAUGCCACGAAAGUUGCUCUAGCAUUGUCACUGGUUUCUCUUUUAUUUCUCUUGAAUCCAUUAUUUGUUGAAGUGGGUGAUAAUGCAAUUUGGGCAGUGAUGACAGUCGUGGUUGUUCUGGAAUUCAGUGCAGGGGCUACUUUAAGCAAGGGAUUGAACAGAGGAAUCGGGACUGGAGUGGCUGGGUUUCUCGGAUUUUUCGUUUGUUACUUGUCAGAACAAGUAGCCCAAGGAGAGGCUAUUGUAGUCGGCUCUUCCAUGUUUGUUAUCGGCGCAAUUGCUACAUAUGCUCGCUUUAUCCCCUUCAUUAAAAGAAGAUACGAUUAUGGAGUUGUGGUAUUCCUACUGACAUUCAGUCUCAUAACAGUUUCUGGGUAUCGAGUGCAAAACAUAUUCCGCAUGGCGUACCAUCGCUUCUCCACCAUACUCAUCGGAUGUGGAGUGUGCCUCGUCAUAAAUUUACUCAUUUUCCCCAUCUGGGCUGGGGAGGAUAUUCACAACGCAACUGUAAAGAAAUUUCAACUCCUGGCUAAAUCUCUUCAGGAAUGCGUUGGGGAAUACUUUGAUGGACACCAUGAUGAGGGAAACGGAGAUGAAUCAGAAGAUUUCAUAUACGAAAGAUUCAAAUCUGUGUUGGAUUCAAAGGCCACCGACGAGUCUUGGGCGACGUUUGCCAGCUGGGAGCCAGGACAUGGCCGAUUCCGAUACCGACAUCCGUGGAAGCAGUAUGUGAAAAUUGGAGUAAAUCUUCGAUAUUUAACGUACUCUAUUGUGGCAUUGCACGGAUGCCUGCGAUCUGAGAUUCGGACUCCACAUUCUGUUCGUUGGGUGUUGAAGAAGCCAUGCACCAAGGUUAGCGAAAAAGCAGUAAAAAUACUAGGAGAGCUGUCGAGCAGCAUCCAACAGAUGAGACGAUGCGAUUGGGAGUCGAUGAUGAAGGAACUGCAACUUGCAGUGAAGGAUCUGAACACUGCCUUGCAUGAUCAGCCGAAGCUCUUAUUACAUUCAACAAGGUGGCCUCUUCUGGAAAAAGAGACCAAACCAGGCAAAAAUCCAGAAUUUGAUUGCUGUACAAAGAGGAAAGUGUUGAGAAGAUUGGUAUCGUGGCAUGGAGAAGGAGAUGAUAAAAAACCUAACCAUGAGAGAUACAGUAAUACAUUUCGCCUCUGUGCUAACUGUAGUAACUGUGUUGACGAAAGAGCAAUGUCCAGGGAAAGUGUUGAAUUUGGAGAAGCUGUUCCUUUGGCUACUUUUGCGUGGAUAGUAGUGGAGAUUGUAGCGAGACUUGAGCAUGUGGUGAAAGCGGUGGAAGAGCUGGCCACGUUGGCAAACUUCAAGCCGUGUAAGCCUUGCCCAAACCAGCAAGCUUUAGGUCCUCCUUCCAGUUGUAUCGCUAACCUGAGCUUGAGAAGACCACCAGAAAACCACGUUACAAGUAACUACGCUGAUUGAUUCUUUGAGAAUGUAUGCGUCUGUAUAUUUACAAUAUACCUUCUUAUUCCAGAAUAAAAUUUUAUUUUGAAA